ACAUGCUGUGCAGAGUAACAUCAGCAGUGCUGCGGGGUCGCGCCCAGAUUCUACCCACUUUCCGCUGCAUCGUUCCGGGGACCAGAGCCAGGCCGCAGCCGCUGUGUGCUCCAGCUCAGAGCCGAAACUUCUCCCGGUCCGCCUGCCUGUGUAGGAAGAGGAAGAAAAGCGUGUGGUCGGAGCUUUCUGAAGGACAAAACAUGGACGCGAAUGUGGAAGAGAUUCUGGCUCCACUGAGACAGGCGGUGAAGGAACAGGGGGAUCUGGUGCGUACCAUGAAGGCUGAAAACGCUCCAGACGUGGAUGUGAGCAGAGCGGUGGCCGAGCUGAAGGCACGCAAGAAGGUUCUUGAGGCCAAGGAGCUCUCACUGCAAACCAAAGAUGAUGUUGUGGACAGAGUGAAGAUGGAGGAUACGCUGAAGAGACGAUUCUUCUAUGACCAGGCUUUUGCCAUUUAUGGAGGUGUGAGCGGUCUGUACGAUUUCGGGCCGGUGGGUUGUGCUCUGAAAAACAACAUCCUGCAGGCGUGGAGGCAGCACUUCAUCCAGGAGGAGCAGAUCCUGGAGAUCGACUGUACCAUGCUUACCCCUGAACCCGUCCUCAAAACAUCUGGGCACGUGGACAAGUUUGCGGACUACAUGGUGAAAGAUGUGAAGAAUGGCGAGUGCUUCCGUGCUGAUCACCUUCUCAAAGCUCAUCUCCAGAAACUGAUGAGUGACAAGAAAUGCACAGAGGAUACAAAGAAAGAAAUGGACAAUGUUAUCACACAGAUGGAUAACUACACUCAGCAGGAGCUGGCCGAUCUGUUCGUGAAGUACAACGUAAAGUCUCCCAGCACAGGAAAUGACCUCACUCCUCCCAUCUCAUUUAAUCUGAUGUUUCAGACCUCCAUCGGUCCCGCAGGCAACAUGCCAGGCUAUCUGAGGCCUGAAACCGCUCAGGGAAUCUUCCUCAACUUCAAACGUCUGCUGGAGUUCAAUCAGGGCAAGUUACCGUUCGCCGCCGCUCAGAUCGGGAACUCCUUCAGGAACGAGAUCUCUCCUCGCUCGGGACUCAUUCGUGUCAGAGAGUUCACCAUGGCUGAGAUCGAACACUUUGUCGAUCCGAACGAAAAGGUGCAUUCCAAGUUCCCCAGCGUGGCAGAUCUGGAGAUCCUCCUGUACUCCGCUAAAGCUCAGACCAGCGGCCAGUCGGCACAGCUCAUGAAGCUCGGCGACGCCGUGGAACAGGGCAUAAUCAACAACUCCGUCCUGGGCUACUUCAUCGGGAGGAUCUACCUCUACCUCACCAAAGUUGGUCUGGCCAAGGAUAAAGUGCGCUUCCGCCAGCACAUGGACAACGAGAUGGCCCAUUACGCCUGCGACUGCUGGGACGCUGAAUCCAAAACCUCCUACGGAUGGAUUGAGAUUGUGGGCUGCGCUGACCGCUCAUGCUACGAUCUCACAUGCCACGCCCGAGCUACCAAGGUUCCACUGGUGGCUGAGAAAGCCCUUAAAGAACCCAAAGUCGUGAACGUCGUGCAGUUCGAGCCGAACAAGGGAGCGAUCGGUAAAGCGUACAAGAAGGAAGCCAAGCUGGUGAUGGAGUUCCUGGCUGUGUGUGAUGAGUGCUAUAUCACAGAUCAGGAGAAACUGCUCAAUGAGAACGGUGAGUUCACUGUCGAGACUGACGGGAAGACCUUUAAACUCACAAAGGAGAUGGUGAGCAUCAAACGCUUCCAGAAAACCCUGCAUGUUGAAGAAAUUACACCCAAUGUUAUCGAGCCUUCCUUCGGUAUCGGCAGAAUCAUGUACUCCAUUUUCGAGCACACAUUCCACGUCCGUGAGGGCGACGAGCAAAGAACGUAUUUCAGUUUCCCGGCUGUCGUGGCUCCCUACAAGUGCUCCGUCCUUCCUCUGAGCCAGAACCCGGAGUUUAUGCCGUUCGUACGUGAGCUGUCCGAAGCCAUGACCAAAUUCGGCGUCUCCCACAAGGUGGACGACUCCUCGGGCUCCAUCGGGAGGCGCUACGCCAGGACGGACGAGAUCGGCGUGGCGUUCGGCAUGACUAUCGAUUUCGACACGGUCAACAAGACCCCGCACACGGCCACUCUGAGGGACCGCGACUGCAUGAGGCAGAUCAGGGCCGAGGUUUCCGAGUUGCCGGCCAUCGUCCGAGACCUCGCCAACGGUACCAGCACGUGGGCCGAGAUCGAGAGCAAGUACCCCAUCUUCGAAGGUCAGGAGACCAGCAAGAAGGACACGGUGGAGGAAUAGAUCACUGCUGUUCUGCCUCACAUGGGACCCCGUGCACAUUUUCUACACUCGCACCCACACCGUCCAACCGGACAGAAUGAACAGUCUUACCGUUACGCUUUAUCAAAGAAUGAAACGUUUCUAGUCUUUUACUGUAAAGAAGACAGAGAUGUUGAUUACAGGCUAGUGGCUCUGUACCGAGUGCUUUUAAUGGUGAAUUGGUGGAGGUCACUGUUCAAAAAAUGGCUUAAACAUGACGUGCAUCCUGAAUUUAAUAAAUCAUGCCAGCACUUUCUGGACCUGUAA